AUGGUGCAGAGGUUUAUGGGUUAUCGCAAACAUCUUUUUACCCAACACAAAUUAGGGAAGCAAAUGGAAGAUUUCAAAAGAAGGAUUGGAGAGAUUUCAGCUAACAAAUCCAAGUAUGGGAUGGAAGCUUUUGAAACUGGGGAGCCUUCUUCAGAUCAUUUGGAUGAUGGCUUAGCACGGAAGGUAAGGAGAGCUUCCAUGAAAGAGGAAGUUGAUGUUGUUGGCUUUGAGAAAGAUAUUAAGGAACUACUACCGAAGCUUCUGACAAAAGAAGAUCCCCGGCAACUUCUUGUCGUUUCCAUAGUGGGUAUGGGUGGUUUAGGUAAGACCACUUUGGCUAAAACUGUUUAUAAUAGGAGUGAUGUCAAGAAAAUUUUUGAUUCUUGUGCAUGGAUUUAUGUCUCUCAAGAAUACAAAAUAAAAGAUCUUCUCUUUGGGGCCAUAGCACAACUAAUGAUGCACAAGGAGGAGGAGUUAGAAAAGAAGAAUAAAGAAUAUUUAAAGAAUAUGCUCUCUAAUUACUUGAAACAAGGGAGAUGUCUGCUCGUAUUUGACGAUGUAUGGAGGAGAGAAGAUUGGGAUAAAUUAAGAGAGGCAUUUCUAGGUCAUCAGGAUGAUGGGAAACAACUGCGAGUGGUGCUCACCACCUGUAAUGUGGAAGUAGCUAGACAUGCUGACCCAUUAACUGCUCCACAUGAAUUAAGACAUUUAGGUGAGGAGGAGAGUUUUGAACUCUUCUCAAAGAAGGUCUUCCAAUACCAAGUGGGAAAUGAGGAAAGUGGUUACUCAAAGGAAUUGAAAAAGCUUGGAAAAAAAUUGGUUCCCAGGUGUGAUGGAUUACCACUUGCGAUUGUCGUAUUGGGAGGCCUUUUAUCAACAAAGGAUAAGAAACUUAGUGUGUGGACCAAAGUAUUUGAAAGCGCAUAUUGGCAACUUAAUCAAGGCCCACAGCAAUGCAAGGACAUAUUAGCUCUGAGUUAUGCGGAUUUACCAUUUUACUUGAAAUCUUGUUUUCUUUAUUUUGGUCUUUUCCCAGAAGACCAUGAGAUCCAAUCUCGGAAAUUGAUUCAAUUAUGGGCUACGGAGGGGUUUGUACAACAGAGAGGAGAUCAAACAAUAGAAGAUGUUGCAGAGGAGUACCUAGAAGAGUUGAUUGAAACGAACAUGAUCCAAGCAGCAAGGAUAUCAA